AGAAUUAAAUCGUAAACAGAGCCAAGUGGGUCCCACAACCCCAAUCACCAUGCUAAACUCAACUCUCAGUUCUUCACUAUACUCACACGUAGCAACAUCACUCCUCUCUUCUCCACCCAGAUAACGCCAUUCUUCACCGUACAUUAAUCAAAUCAUUUUCUUCUCAUCAUCAUUAUUAAUUAUUAAAUUAAAUUAAAAAUCAAAUCGUUUAUUCUUUCAAGAAAUUAACGCGACUCAUUUUCACUCACAUUUCUCUUGACACUUUUUACAAACUUUGGAUCCGCUAUUGAACAACGCGCUUCUUCUUCUUCUUCUUCUUCUUCUUCUUCACAGUAUAUAAACCCUAAGCUGCUAGAAGAAGAUGGUUUAUACCAUUUCUGGAAUUCGAUUUCCCGUUGUUCCUUCUCUGAAUAAGUCCAGCUUACGUGGUGGCGAUCGCAGAACUUCUUCUUCUCACUCCUUCUUUCUCAAGAAGAAUUCAUCAUCAUUCUCGAAGACUUCACUAUAUGCAAAGUUUUCCCAUGAUUCUGAAACCAAAUCUUCCACAAUUGCUGAAUCUGAUAAAGUACUUAUUCCAGAAGAUCAAGAUAACUCUGCAUCCGUGACGGAUCAACUUGAAAAUCCUGAUAUAACCUCAGAGGAUGCACAGUCUUUUCAGAACUUGGAGGAUUUAACCAUGAAAGAUGAGAAUAAGUACAAUGUUGAUGAAGCAGCUAGCAGUUAUAGAGAGGUCGGGGAUGACAAAGGUUCUGUUAUGCCAUCAUCACUUGUGGAUGUUAAAACUGACGCUCAAGCCAAGAAGACAUCAGUUCAUUCAGACAAGAAAGUAAAAACAGAUAAACCUAAGGUCAUUCCUCCACCUGGUGCUGGACAGAAAAUAUAUGAGAUUGAUACAUUUUUACAAGCACACCGUCAGCAUCUUGAUUUCCGCUAUGGACAGUACAAAAAAAUUCGGGAGGAAAUUGACAAGUAUGAAGGUGGUCUUGAUGCAUUUUCUCGUGGGUACGAAAAGUUAGGCUUCACACGCAGUGCUACAGGCAUUACUUACAGAGAGUGGGCACCUGGAGCUAAGUCAGCAGCAUUAGUUGGAGAUUUCAAUAAUUGGAAUCCAAAUGCAGAUGUAAUGACCCGGGACGAUUUUGGUGUGUGGGAGAUCUUCUUGCCAAAUAAUGCCGAUGGUUCACCACCAAUUCCUCAUGGUUCUCGAGUCAAGAUCCACAUGGAUACACCCUCUGGGAUCAAGGACUCAAUUCCUGCUUGGAUCAAAUUCUCUGUACAGGCUCCUGGUGAAAUUCCAUAUAAUGGAAUAUACUAUGAUCCCCCAGAGGAGGAAAAAUAUGUCUUCAAACAUCCACAGCCAAAGCGACCGCAAUCAAUUAGGAUAUAUGAGGCACAUGUUGGAAUGAGUAGCCCAGAGCCAAAAAUCAACACAUAUGCCAAUUUUAGAGAUGAUGUACUGCCUCGCAUUAAAAAGCUUGGCUAUAAUGCUGUCCAGAUUAUGGCUAUCCAAGAACAUUCUUACUAUGCUAGCUUUGGGUACCAUGUUACUAAUUUCUUUGCACCUAGCAGUCGGUUUGGAACUCCAGAAGAUCUUAAGUCUCUGAUAGACAGAGCCCAUGAACUAGGCCUGCUUGUUCUGAUGGAUAUUGUACAUAGCCAUGCAUCAAGUAAUACAUUGGAUGGCCUCAACAUGUUUGAUGGAACCGAUGCUCAUUAUUUCCAUUCUGGUUCACGGGGUUAUCAUUGGAUGUGGGAUUCUCGCCUUUUUAACUAUGGAAGCUGGGAAGUCCUAAGGUAUCUACUUUCAAAUGCUAGAUGGUGGCUGGAUGAAUAUAAGUUUGAUGGGUUUCGAUUUGAUGGUGUCACAUCAAUGAUGUACACUCAUCAUGGACUGCAGGUAUCUUUUACUGGAAAUUACAAUGAGUAUUUUGGUUUUGCAACUGAUGUUGAAGCUGUGGUUUACCUGAUGCUUGUUAAUGAUCUCAUUCAUGGGCUCUAUCCUGAAGCUGUUUCAAUUGGUGAAGAUGUGAGUGGAAUGCCAACAUUCUGCCUUCCAACACAAGAUGGUGGGAUUGGCUUUAACUAUCGCUUGCAUAUGGCCGUUGCAGACAAGUGGAUUGACCUUCUUAAGAAAAAGGAUGAAGAUUGGAGAAUGGGUGAUAUAGUCCACACACUGACAAACAGAAGGUGGCUAGAAAAUUGUGUGGUUUAUGCUGAAAGUCAUGACCAAGCCUUGGUUGGUGACAAGACACUAGCAUUUUGGUUGAUGGACAAGGAUAUGUAUGACUUCAUGGCUUUAGACAGACCAUCUACUCCUCUAAUCGAUCGUGGUAUUGCAUUACACAAAAUGAUUAGGCUUAUUACUAUGGGCCUUGGUGGUGAAGGGUAUUUAAAUUUUAUGGGGAAUGAAUUCGGCCAUCCUGAGUGGAUCGAUUUUCCAAGGGGUGAUCAACAUCUUCCUAAUGGCACAGUAGUUCCUGGGAAUAACAACAGUUAUGAUAAAUGCAGGCGUAGAUUUGACUUGGGUGAUGCAGAAUAUCUAAGAUAUCAUGGAAUGCAAGAAUUUGAUCGAGCUAUGCAGCACCUAGAAGAAAGAUAUGGUUUCAUGAUUUCUGAGCACCAAUAUAUUUCAAGGAAAAAUGAAGGUGACAGAGUUAUAAUCUUUGAAAGGGACAACCUGGUCUUUGUAUUCAAUUUUCACUGGACCAACAGUUAUUCAGAUUACAAAGUUGGCUGUUUAAAGCCAGGGAAAUAUAAGAUUGUCUUGGAUUCAGAUGAGUCCUUGUUUGGUGGCUUCAAUAGGCUCAAUCAUACUGCUGAGUACUUCACUUCGGAAGGAUGGUAUGAUGACCGGCCUCGUUCCUUCCUCGUUUAUGCACCUUGUAGAACAGCAGUGGUAUAUGCUCUUGUAGAUGGAGUUGAAUCAGAGCCGGUUGAACUGUCAGUUGGAGUUGAAUCAGAGACAAUUCAACAAUCAGUUGAAGUUGAACCCUGAUGACAAUUCUUGGAUAAGUAUAAGAAAUGCAUAAUGGCAUUGAUGCAGUCAAUUAAAACUAGCCAACCAACUUGUGGUGAUUAACAGGCUCUGAAGCUCUAAAGCAGAACUCAACCAAAAUGUGUGGAGCGCUAGUUAACUUAAUCUUUAAUGGUGCAGCAGACCAACGUCCAAGUGUUUGUGCAUGUGCAUAUGCCUUGCUAGGUAAAUUAUGUAUAGCACACAGGCUUUUCUGUUUACACAUUUUAGGGUUUAACAUGCACAAGUUGCAUGGCGUGUGAAGAAUGUGAAACAACAAAAGUACGGUACUAAACUUCAGAUCUACCGUUUCUGUGCACAUAAUAAUGUGAUCUGCAUAAGUGCAUUGACCUUAAUUUACCCUAGAAAAUUUUGCGGGAGGCCUUAUAUAUGAUAUCUCCUUUCGGAGUUAAAAGUUGAAUUAUGGCAAUAGAGCCGUGAUAAUGAAGCAAAUUGUACACGGUGAAAAUAAUUGCCUUAGUCUAAAUGAUGGAACCUUUGCCAUUUGCCACGGGUGUAGCAGCAGCACUGGAUAAUGAUAAAUAAAUUCAUUCAUUUCUGUACUAA